AUGCUGGAGACUAUUCAAUCUAUAGAGGAUAGGUUUAAUCAUCAAUAUCAUUAUGAUUGGGUUUUCCUAAAUGAUGUUCCAUUUACUCAGGAAUUUAAAGAUACUGUAACACCAUUGAUUAGUGGACAAGUUAAAUUUGGGUUAAUAUCUGAAGAACAUUGGUCAUAUCCUGAUUGGAUUGAUCAAGAACGUGUUGCUAAUUCAAGAAUGGAAUUGAAAGACCAAGUUGUUUAUGGUGGUGUUGAAUCUUAUAGACAUAUGUGUAGAUGGUAUUCGGGUUUUUAUCAAUGGCAUGAAUUAUUAACAAAUUAUAAAUAUUAUUGGAGAGUUGAACCUGAAAUUAAAUUAUUUUGUGAUGUUGAUUAUGAUAUUUUUAAAUAUAUGAGAGAAAAUAAAAAGAAGUAUGGAUUUAUUAUAUCAAUUUAUGAAUUUAAAAUUACAAUACCUACAUUAUUUGAAACCAUUUUAAACUUCAUCUCUCAUGAUUCAACAGUUCAACCAGAAAUUCCUAAAGAUAAUUUAAAAGAUUUUAUAAUUGAUAAAGAUGGUGAAUAUAAUUUAUGUCAUUUUUGGACAAAUUUUGAAAUUGCAGAUCUUGAUUUCUUCAGAAGUGAAACAUAUCAAAAAUAUUUCCAAUAUUUAGAUCAAGCAGGUGGAUUUUUUUAUGAUAGAUGGGGUGAUGGACCUGUUAGAAGUAUUUAUACAAGUUUAUUCUUAUCUAAAGAUGAAAUUUUCUGGAUUAAAGAUUUUGGUUAUACACAUCCACCAUAUUUACAAUGUCCAUUAGAUCAAACCAUUCGUCAAGAUAAGAAAUGUUCAUGUGAUCCUGGGAAAGAUUUCACAUUGAAUGAUUAUAGUUGUACUGGGAGAUAUUUAAAGAUUAAUGGAUUGGAUAAGGGAGAAUAUUCAUCAUGGAACGAGGUUCCAUAUCAUUUAUAUUGA